AAAGAAGCGAGUACACUCUCAGUACAGCUCCAAGCUAUCAAUGGAGAAAAAUUCUUCAGUCGGUGCGAAGCCAUGGAGUCUUAGUCGUCGUCAUCAUCAUCAUCACCACUUUCAGAUAUUACAUAAUUGUCCAUUACACAGCUACAUGUUGAAGCGCAACAAACAUGUACCAACAUGCCCACUUUUCACUCCUUCUCCAUUGCCGCUAAACCCUGAACAAAUAACGCCGGAGGCUUUAUUGCCGGAAGAUUUAAAUGUGCAGAUUUCUGAGCCUAAUGUCAGUUUUACUGACUCAAGAAUGACGCAAAAUGAAGGUCAGGACUUUGAAGAUGAAGAGGAUGAACCUAUUUUUGUCCUUACAGAUGAAUGGAGAGAUUUCUUUGCCAAAUCUGAAGCUAAAAGGAGACAAGCAAAAAAACAUGCUAAGAAGAAAGGGAAGAGUAAGAUCACAGAUGGGAACAUGCCAGCAUUGGACUGAUUGCGACGUGGAGAAUGUAUCUGCUAUAUGUCCAGAGAACAGGAUCAGGAUAAACCCCUUAUUCUGUCAAAACUCUUGAUUAAGAUGUUUAACUAUGACUAUCACCUGGAGAGGGAGCCUAAAGCUGAUGUAAUAUGCAUUUUUCAAUUGUUAUCAUCCUUGUAACCAUUUACGCCUUUUAAUGAAUAUUUUUGUGACAUCCUUGGUAGAA